AUGUGUCGAGGGGUGUGGGGCCCGUGGUCGACAUGGUCGGGAUGCAUGAACAGUCAAUGGCAAAGUUGGACUGCCUGGUCGGCUUGUUCGGUCACAUGCGGGCAGGGAAAGAGGUACCAUAGAAGAUCGUGUGUGCCAGCCAAAUGCGGGGGCGUGAGCUAUUGCAAGGGAGCUGUGACUGUGUAUGGCAACUGUAAUUCAGGAUGUUGCCCUGUUCAUGGAUCGUGGGGGUCAUGGGGAAGGUGGUCUGCAUGCUCGGCCUCGUGUGGUGCAGGCACACAAAAGCGUAUCAGGACUUGCAUCCAGCCUAAAUGUGGAGGACAAAACAAAUGUGUCGGGUCAAACAUUCAAACAAAUAGAUGCCAGAAGAGAUGUUGCCCCGUGUCGGGUUCAUGGAAGGCUUGGAGUGCAUGGGCGCCCUGCUCGGCGAGCUGUGGCAAUGGUGUGAGCCGGCGGUACCGAUUGUGUGCUCCUCCGCGCUGUGGAGGUCGAGACGUGUGCGGAGGUCGUUACAACCAAACACAGGCAACUGUAUGCAAGAAGGGAUGCUGUCCGGUGGAUGGUGGAUGGGCAGCUUGGGGUCAGUGGGCUGCCUGCUCAGCAAGCUGUGGCUCCGGCAGAAAGACUCGCACACGACAGUGCAUUCUCCCCAAGUGUGGCGGCAAAGAUUUCUGCGUCGGACUGAGCAGACAGCGUGUCAACUGCCAGAACGUCUGCUGCACAGGCAAAGGAACGUGGACUGCAUGGUCAGGGUGGAGUGCCUGCUCGGUGACAUGCGGCAGUGGCACAAGAACGAGAGUUCGACAAUGCAAACAGAGCGACAAGAAUUGUGACAAGGCUACUUGCUCGGGCUCAUCCGAUCAACGCCAG